AUGGCCUCCCUCCUCCGCCAAAUCGUCGCCAGCCCCCGCGUGCGCCACCCAGAAGCCAACCUCGACCUCUGCUAUGUCACAGACAACAUAAUAGCGACCUCCGGCCCCAGCCUCACCUACCCACAGCGCUACUACCGCAACCCGCUCGACAGCCUGGUCCGCUUCCUGGACUCGCGCCACGGCGCCAACUGGGCGAUCUGGGAGUUCCGCGCCGAGGGGACGGGAUACCCCGACGAGGAGGUCUACGGCAGGAUAUACCAUUUUCCGUGGCCGGACCAUCAUCCGCCGCCGUUUGCGCUGCUGGUGAGGGUUGUGGCGAGUAUGCGGAAUUGGGUGAGGGGGACUGGUGUGGAGGUGGAAGGCGGGGAUGAUGGCAGGCUGGAUGGGAACGACGGGAAGAACGGUGAGGGGGAUGGUGAUGCGGCAAAAGGGGGCAGGGUCAUAGUAGUCCACUGUAAAGCCGGCAAAGGCCGCAGCGGCACCGCCUCCUGCGCCUACCUGAUCAGCGAAGAAGGCUGGACGCUCGCAGACGCGCUGCAGCGCUUCACGGAGCGCCGCAUGCGGCCCGGGUUCGGGCCGGGCAUCUCGAUCCCGAGCCAGCUAAGGUGGGUCGGGUAUGUGGAUCGCUGGACACGGCACGGCAAGGUGUAUGUGGAGCGGCAGGUUGAGGUGCUCGAGGUGCAUGUUUGGGGGCUGAGGGAUGGGGUCAAGGUCGCGGUGGAGGGGUUUGUGGAUGAGGGGAGGAGAAUUGAGACGGUUCAUACUUUUGGGAGGGAGGAGUGUAAUAUCGUGAGGGGGAGUAUCAACGGCAAGAACGGGUUUGCGGAUGUGGUUGCGGAGGUUAUGGGGAGGAGGUCUGGGGACAAGGGAGUACAGACUCCAACUUCGGCAACCAGCGAGAAAAAGGAUGUGGAGCUACCAACGGAGAGUGAUGCGAAGGAGAAGGAAGAUUUUGAGGGGGGUGACAUUAUAUUUAGGCCAUCAAAGCGGGUGGUUCUCCUGACAAACGACAUCAACAUCGACUUUGAGCGACGAAACAAUGCGAACUUCGGGUUGACCAUGGUCACCGCGGUGGCGCAUGUCUGGUUCAACGCCUUCUUCGAAGGCAAUGGCGCAGAAAAUGGCGGGAAGGCGGACAGCUCAGGCGUCUUUGAGCUGGAGUGGGACAGAUUGGACGGCAUCAAAGGGAGUAGGCAGAAAGGGACAAGAGCAUUUGAUAAGUUCGCCGUAGUAUGGAAAGCGCUACCCGACGAGGAGAGACCAGGUAUCGUGAUACACGAGCCGAGAGAAGAUGAGGAGGUCAAACAGUCCCAGCCUGCAGACUGGAAGGGCAACAAGGACUACUCGCCCGGGAUCGGGAAAAAGUUGGGUCUCAGAGCCGCCAGCCCGCACAACGGAUCUGUCAGUAGAGCCAGCAGCACGAAAAGCGACAGUGGCGCAGGGAAAGAAGAAGAAGUCGAAAGCGAAGAUGGCGCAGCAGGCGUUCGUCCUUAUGGACCUGGUGGGGAAACAAGACUCGAGGUACCCGGUAGCCCCGUGGACGGCCCCUUCGAUAGCCCAGAUUCUCCUAGACCGGGCCCGGACGAGGGCAACAAGUCGUCCAUUGAUACGUCGCCGCCGGUGUUGUUCCCCGUGCACAAAUUACCUAAGGUCCCCCCACCGGAGUCAACAGAUGACCCAAGGGCAGACUGA